GCCAAAUGACCUUAGCCAACACACGAAAAAGCCAACGAUUUCUCUAUUUUUCAACGUGCAAGUGUGUGCAAACCAUCACCUGCCCCCCGCCUCCCGUAUAAAACCCCGCACGCCGUCUUCCUCACGAACACGAAGGAUUCAUUCGACCGAUCAAGAUUGAAGAAGCGACCUGAUCAGUGGCAGCAGCAGCGGUGAGCUCGAUGAUUGGAAUGCAAUUGACGAUCAGGCCGGCGGCGGCGAGGUCGGCCAGCUUGCCGAGGGAGCACUCGCACCCGGUCGUGGCGCGGCUCGACGGCGGCAUCAGCGCGCUCAGGUCAUGGUCCGCCGCCGCGGCGAGGUUGUCCGGUGUUGACGGCGACGGGAGGUGCGACGGGCUCGCGCUCGUGGAGGACGUGCUGGCGGUGCUCGGCGAGCUUCUUGGGCUGCCGCAGGCCGCGGCGGCCAUCCACCGCGCCGGCGGCGGCGCCGCAUGCGAGCGCGCGCUCGACGGGUUCCUGGCGCUCGCCGACGCCUACGGCACGUUCGAGUCGGCGGUGCUCGCGCUCAGGCAGAGCGCGGCGGAGCUGCGCGCCGGCGCGCGGCGUGGCGACGGCGCGACGGUCGCCACGGCGCUCCGAGCGCACCGGCGGACGGAGAGGGAGCUGUGCCGCCUCGCCGCCGCGAUGCGACACGCGGUGCGGCGCACGCCGGCGGCGGCGUCGAGGACAGCGAACGACGCCGACGGCGAGGUGGUCGGCAUCGUGGCGGAGGCGGCCGCGGUGACCGCGGCGGCGUCGGAGGCGAUCCUCCUCCGGUGCGCGGCAAUGUCGCGGGACGUGCCGGCCAUGGUGCAGACAGCGGCAUCGCACAAGUGGGCGUGGCUUGGCGUGACUCGGGCGGCCAAGAAGGCGGCGUCGCCGGCAUUGGAGAAACUGGAGGAGCUGGAAGAAUGCAUUGGUGAGAUGGAGAGUGGCAGCGAGAAGGUGUUCAGGAGGUUGCUGCAGACAAGAGUUUCACUCCUAAACAUCCAUAAUCCCUUGUAAUUCUGCAGCUAUGUUGGUGACUUGUGUGUGUAUACAGCUAGGUAGGAUUUAAGGUAGGAUAUUAGAAGAAGUAGGAAUGUGUAUAAUCACUGUGAUAUAUUUAAGUUAGUUUCACCUGGGCA